AUGCCCCGAAAGGCCCUCCUCCUUUUCCUCGCGGCGUUGUGCGCUCAACAGAUCGCAGCACAAGCCGUCUUUGCACAUGUGAUCGUCGGCAACACUGCGGCGUACACGCUUGAGACCUGGAAGUCGGACAUCAAGCUCGCAGCCAGCAAGGGGAUUGAUGCAUUCGUGUUGAACAUAGCUCCUCCGCUCGAGGGAACCGUGUUGGAGCAGUCGGCUUUAGCGUUCGAAGCAGCAAACAGCCUUGCCAAUGGCUUCAAGCUCUUCUUCUCCUUCGACUAUCUCGGCAGCGGGAUUCCGUGGGCAACAGAAGACAUAGUUGCCCUGCUUCAUCGCUAUUGCAGGAACCGCGCCCAUUACCGGCACAACGGCAGGCUGUUCGUCUCGACAUUCGAAGGACCAACAAACUCUGAUGUAGGCCAGUGGGCUACGAUCCGGGAGAAAAUCCCAGGCGGCAUCUAUUUCGUCCCGGACUGGACAUCUCAAGGGCUUGGCUUCGAGACGAGCCUCUAUGAUGGCGCCUUUUCUUGGAAUAUGUGGCCGAAAGGCCCAGAGAACAUGACUGUGAACGAGGAUCGUGCCUGGCAGACGUCCUUGAAGCGGAGCAGCAAGUCAUAUAUGAUGGGUGUCUCGCCUUGGUUCUACACGGAUCUACCUGCGUACAACAAGGCUUGGGUAUGGCGUGGUGACGGCAUGUGGUCGCAAAGAUGGCAUCAGGUCAUGGAGAUACUACCGGAAUUCGUUGAGAUCGUCACAUGGAACGACUACGGCGAAUCUCACUACGUCGGCCCCAUCCACCCACCGGGCAUUCCGCAAGCAGAAGACGCCGACGCUCGCCCGUACGUCCACCACAGGCCUCAUCAGGCGUGGCUCGAAACGCUCCCGUAUCAAAUUGCGGCAUACAAGCAUGCCUUCCAUCGAUCGAACCCAGCACCCUCGGUCAGGCCUGGAGAAGACAAGGUUGUAUUCUGGUAUCGAAACGCCCCUGCAUCCGCAGGAAGAACGAGGGCCACAGGCAACAGCUGCAUAUCGUCAAUCAAUACAAGUCCACAAGACGAGACGCGCUACCCAGUCGACGAAAUACUAGAAGACAGCGUUUUCAUCAUCGCACUGCUGUCUUCUCCAGGCUGGGUGUCUGUAGCCAUCGGGCACAAUCCUCCGCAUCGGUUCGAGGGCCUCGGAGCUGGGAUCAACUACAUCAGUCGCCCUUUCGACAGGCAGUUUGGAAAGGUCGUGGGCAUUGCUCUCAUGCAGACGCUCGCCACAGGUAUUCGCGGUGGCACCAUGGGAAACAUCAUGCUUGAUCAGUCUUGA